UGAUGAUCUUAUUCAUGAACAAAUCUCAUCAUCUGAAAGCAUCGUAUAUGAGACACAUAUACAUAAUAUUAAUAGAGUCCAAUUAGGAUUUAAGAUAUACGCAAAACUAAGCGAUCUGGAAAUUGUUGUUGUGUUCCUGGUUGUUCUGUUAAUGAAAAUUUAAGUGAAAUAAAAUUUUAUAGAUUUUCAACGCGGAGCUAUAACCUCGAAAAGAGAGCAAAGUGGAUAAAAGUGUUGAGAAGAGUCAAUGAUAAUGGAAGUCCUUAGAAGCCAAGUUUAAGAUCCCGUAUAUGCAGCCAACAUUUUGUAGGAGGUGAAAAAUCGGAGCAUAGGUUUGCGAGAGCAUUACGAAGAAGUCAAACUUCCAGCAAUUUCGUAAUGAAACAUUCUAAUCUAACUCGUGAUCAUGAGCUAAACGAUAAUAUGGAUAUACAGCAAGACAGUGCAGAUAUUAUCCAAUCACUAGAACCGCAAUUUGUUGGAGUUGCUACUAAGAUAGAUUUUUAUCAAAAAGAAGUAGAUUUAACUCAUAUAAAUAUGUUUUCGAUAAUACGUGAUAAUGGAGUAGCUUGCGAAGCUGGAACUCAAACAAAUAUUUCACUUAAAACAUCUGAAAAAAAAGUUAUGAUUGUAAAGAGAACGUCUGAAAUUGGAUGUGAAUCUAGCAUACAAUAUGUAGAUAAAAAAGUAGGACCGAAUUCUCUGGAUGGAGAUGAUUCAUUACAAGUGUUUCAACAGGGUUUUCAGGGGUUGUCAUCGAUAAAAGAUAAUCAAGACAUGAUUGAUCUUGCAGGGGUAUCUUUCAGUCGUUUUCAAUUAUUAUUCAAAGCAGCUGGUAACUGUUUCACAGAGUCAAUAUCAAAAAAUAAUAUGCUACUUAUUUUUUUGAUGAAGAUGAAAUUAGGAUUAACUUAUUCAUCUAUCAGGGUUUUAUUUGGUAUUCACAGAACCACUGUAUUACGAAUUUUCUACACAUUUUUCAUGUAUCUCGCUGAUUCUUGUAAAAAUUUAAUUCAAUGGCCUUCGAAAUUCGUUAAUCAGCAAACUAUGCCUGAGUGUUUCAGGAAAGAAUAUCCUAAUUGCGGGGCGAUUAUAGAUUGCACAGAAUUUAAAGUCGAAGAACCUCCAGAAGUACCUCAGCGUGUUUUUUUUACUCACACUAUAACCAUACGUAUACGAUUAAAUUUUCAGUUGCAUGUUCUCCAGGAGGAGAAAUAACUUUUGUGUCUAGGUGCUUCGGUGGUCGCACUACUGACGCUCAAAUUACCAAUAAAAGUGGGUUUUUUAAUUAGGUUGAACAUGGAGAUUUGAUUAUGGCGGACAAAGGGUUUCCAUAAAUAAAAUCUGUUCUGAACAAAGCGGGGAAAAAAGUUGUGGUAGUUAUGCCACCAUUGUUAGAAAAUGGUACUUUUACACUUAAUGAAGUCCAUGAGACGUAAAAAAUUGCCGGCCUUCGAAUACAUAUAGAGAGAAUAAUGUAAAGAAUCAAAACUUAUCAAAUAACUAAGAACCUUCCCGUAUCUAAA